UAUUUUAAAGUGUAAAAUCUUGUGCUAGAACGGCGACCUCUCGCUCGCGUACGUCAAAUUAGCGCUAUCGGUCUGCUCGGUUGGCGUUUGGCUAUCUCGAAAGUUUGUCCAGCCACGGGGCCUGCUUGAUGGCGAAAAAGGCUGCCAUUUUCAACGCCAUUCCAAUAUGGUCGCAAGCAUCUACCAUUCUGCUGCCACAGGAGAACCGGAAUUCAUUUAUUGCGGCUAAAACGUGAUUGAAUCAAACCGCGCUGGUGCAUCCCGGAUGCCGGCUUAGGCAAACUUCGAGCGACAGCAUUCGCCGCAGCAGAGUAUGUUUAUAGAAGAACGAAAAUUGUAGACCUUUUUCUUACUGUUCUAGUGUAGUGGAAUGCGUUUGAAAUCAGUAAAUUAAAAAAUAGCAAUUAUGAUGCAGUGAACAUAUCAAUUUAUCUUUAGUCAAAAUUAUUUUAGAAAUAUUUAAUUAUUUUUCGGUAGGAAUACGUUCUCAGAAAAAAAAAGCAGACUAAGAAAGUGAAUGUUUCUCCUCGCACUGUAAAGUGAAUGAAUCGUCAAUCAUGUCAAACGGCCAAGGGGUUAUUUAUCAAGAAAUGAUUUUUUUACUUUUUCCUCAGUUACGAUAAAUUCACUUUACAAAGCACUUUACCUUCAAAAUAUUCUCUACCAACAGAAGUAUUCAGAUUUACAACAGUGAAACAAUAAUACCGCAGCAACUAAAGUGCUACUUAGCAAAUUGAAAUCAUUACCCAAGGAAGAAAUCAUACGAAACCGCGAAGUGAAGAAACAAACUGACAGCUUCCAAAACAAAUUGCUUUCGUUUCUCGGUUUCCUGCUAGCGCCAGUUAUGCUGCAGCUAGGCAAACGUGCGUGACUGUGACAAACUAAUGACAAGUGAAGCGCUUCUGUGGACGGUAGUUGUCAAACCGGAAAAAAAGUAAAUAAGAAACAGUGAAGGAAACUAGUAGAAACUGUGAUCGGCAGGUGACAAAUGAGAUGGACUGAUAGAAAUCUAAUAAGACAAUGAACUUUCACCGUCACUGAAACUGUGCUAAAAAGCUCUCCAGAUGAUAUAGAAUCUACCCAACUACAGCUAGAGUGAAUAAAAUCAACUAAGAGACUCAAACUCAAUUAAUCAGCUUUGCAUUUAAGAAAAACAAAAACAAUGACUUCCGUCAAGGAUACGGCAUCGUUCUUCGCCAACGGCAGCUCGAACCAGUUCGACUUCGUGCUCAGUCUGUAUCCGCAGGUUUUGAAACUGAAAGCGGAAAACAAAUGCAAGAAGCCGGAAGAACUUAUCAGACUGGACGAUUGGUACCAGAACAAAUUGCCUCAGCUGAUCAAAAAACGUGGCAAGGAACCGUUCAUGGUACACGAAGAGCUGGUUCAGACAAUGAAGUGGAAGCAAACGCGCGGGAAAUUCUUCCCUCAGCUUUCGUACUUGAUUAAAGUCAACACCCCGCGAGCGGUACAGGCAGAAACGAAAAAAGCAUUCAAAAAACUGCCAAAUCUCGAGCAAGCUAUCACAGCAUUAUCGAAUCUGAAAGGUGUUGGAACGACGAUGGCCUCAGCAUUGCUUGCCGCAGCCGCACCGGAAACUGCACCCUUCAUGGCGGACGAAUGCCUGAUGGCGAUACCGGAAAUCGAGGGCAUUGACUACACGACACGUGAGUACAUGAACUUCGUGCAGCACAUUCAGGCCACAACAGAUCGACUGAACGAGGAAGUGCAUGGACCGGUCAGUAGUUCUAACACCGAUGGAAGUAACGACGAGGAUGACAGCAGCAACGAUGCACCGAAAAUUGAGAAGAAAUGGUCCCCGCAUAAUGUCGAACUAUCCCUGUGGACGCACUAUGUUGCUCGAGAACUGCAACCGGAACUGCUCGACGAUAUGCCGGCUGCAGUGGAUGGUAGCAAAAAUAGUUAUUCACGGAAUCCGGUAUCAACGACUACACCGUCGAAGACUGCCGCUACACCUGCCGCCACAAACGGUGCUUCAGUAUCGUUGGCCUCGUCCGAGAACAAUACCAUGGAAGAACCGUCCGAUGAGAGCAAUCUGGACACAGAACUCGGUAAGGCGACAUCGGAUGAAUCGUCAAAGGAUAACAAGUACAUCGACAGCUUGGACGAGUGUACCAAGUCGGAAGACAGCCUGGAGAAACCAAGUACGACCACAACCAGUAUCCGUAACAACACCAGUAACAACAACAGCGACGAGGUGAACGACAGUGACUCACAGAGUAGUGCAAAACGAUCCACGACCGGCGGCGAAGAUGAGGAGGAAGAUGAUGACGAGGAGGAUGAUGAAGAGGAAGAAAUCGAUGAAGAAAGUUCGGCAGAUGGCGCUCCGCAAGCCAAGAAGACUAAAUUCGAGUAG